AUGGGGGUCGGUGGGUGCUUAGUCCUGCCCUGGCGGUGCCUAGUCGUCCUGUGUCUUAGGGUGCUGUUCCUUGUGCCCGCAGGAGUGCCGGUGCGCAGCGGAGAUGCCACCUUCCCCAAGGCUAUGGACAACGUGACCGUCAAGCAAGGGGAGAGCGCCACCCUCAGGUGUACUGUGGAUGACCGGGUGACCCGAGUCGCUUGGCUGAACCGGAGCACGAUCCUUUACGCUGGAAAUGACAAGUGGUCAAUAGAUGAUCGGGUGGUUAUUCUCACGAACACCAAAACUCAGUACAGCAUCAAGAUCCAAAACGUGGACAUAUAUGAUGAAGGACCUUACACCUGUUCUGUUCAAACAGACAAUCAUCCAAAGACAUCGCGGGUCCAUCUUAUCGUGCAAGUUCCUCCUCAGAUUAUAAACAUCACAUCAGACAUCACUGUCAAUGAAGGCAGCAGCGUAACCCUCUUGUGCUUGGCCUUUGGGAGACCAGAACCGAUGGUGACAUGGAAGCAUCUCUCCCGCAAAGAAGGCCAGGGGUUUAUAAGUGAUGAUGAAUACCUAGAGAUCAUGGGCAUCACCAGGGAACAGUCUGGGGAGUAUGAAUGUACGGCAGCGAAUGACGUUGCAGCACCAGAUAUCCGGAGAGUAAAGGUCACCGUAAACUAUCCUCCAUCCAUCUCCAGUCCCAAGAACACUGGAGUCUCAGUUGGCCAGAAGGGAAUCCUACGCUGUGAAGCCUCUGCUGUCCCUGUAGCAGAAUUCCAAUGGUUUAAAGAAGAAACCAGAUUAGCCAAUGGGCUAGACGGAGUGAGAAUCGAGAACAAAGGUCGAAUGUCUACACUAACCUUCUUCAAUGUCUCAGAGAAGGAUUACGGCAACUAUACUUGUGUGGCUAUCAACAAGCUGGGGAACAGCAAUGCCAGUAUAAUUCUGUACGAAAUAAAUGAACCUCCGGCACUGGCAGGCCCCGGAGCAGUACACGAUGGCAACAACGCAGCUUCCAGAGCAGCGGCCUGUUUCUGGCUCUCAGGCACCCUCUUUGCUUAUUUCCUCCUCAAGUUUUGA